CAGGUUGCGGUAUCCGAUCGCAAGACUCUAUAGAACGAAGGACCAUAAAUUUCAAGUUUGGAGCCUAUCACUUUUCAACAAUCCCUCUUUUAUUUUUCUUUCAGUCUUCAUUUCUAUCCUCGAAUUAAUCAACAAAGUCGCAUUUAACGACCAUGUCUACCAUUCCCGCGGUACCCAAGGAGGUACCAGCAGACGCCGGUCGCUCUUCUACAUCAACAAUUAGGGGCGAGGUUUUUAACCCCGUCGCCAACCACGAAAGACUCAUGAAUGACCCAGCAGGGAUGAUGAACAAGGAUCCCAAAAAUACACAAAUUUCCCAUUUGGAGGGUCACACACGACCACAACACCGGAGGGGAGACACCGGAGACGGGCGACAUAUUUUGCAAGAAGAGGAGGCACCAGAAGUCUUGGGCUUCGCCUGGUCAUCAAGGAAGAAAUGGACUACUCUGACUGUCAUUUUCAUUGUACAAUGUUCUAUGAACUAUAAUGCUGCUGUCUACGCCAACGGUACUGCUUUCCUACAAGAAAAGUUCGAUAUCAGUGCCCAAGCUGCGCGAGUUGGACAGAUGAUCUUCCUGAUCUCCUAUGCUUUUGGCUGUGAAGCAUGGGCUCCAUGGUCUGAAGAAUUAGGUCGACGAUGGGUAUUACAACUGUCCUUAUUCUUAGUCAACAUUUGGCAAAUUCUCGCUGCUCUUGCUCCCAACUUUGGUUCCGUUAUUGUCGCUCGUUUCCUGGGUGGUAUUUCGUCCGCCGGUGGCUCUGUUACAUUGGGAAUGGUUGCUGAUCUUUACGAUCCGAAUGAACAGCAGUGGGCUGUUGCAUUCAUUGUCUUCUCUUCUGUCGGAGGCAGUGUUAUUGGUCCCAUUGUCGGUCCCUUUAUUGCCGCCCACCUCGACUGGGGAUGGAUUUGCUGGACCCAACUCAUCUUUGGCGGUUUCGUUCAAAUCCUCCACCUCCUUAUCGUCCCGGAAACUCGAGCUACCAUUCUCCUCGACCGAGAAGCCAAGCGUCGUCGUGAAGCCGGCGAGCACAACAUCUAUGGUCCUAGCGAAAUUAAGACUUUCAAGGAGAAGUUCUCUUUGCACGAGAUGGCCAAGACGUUCUGCAGGCCUUUUGUCAUGUUUGUGACUGAACCUAUCGUACUCUGUUUGUCUUUGCUUUCGGGUUUCAGUGAUGCUCUUAUCUUCACUUUCAUGGAGGCUUUUACCCCUGUCUACGAGCAAUGGGGAUUUGACACUGUGCACAUGGCAUUGGCGUUUGUCCCUAUUGCCAUCGGUUAUUUCCUUGCUUAUCUCAUUUACAUCCCUCCCUUGAUGAAGCAGCGCAAGGUGUUGCGAGAAAAUCCCGAUGCCGCUCCCGAAUUACGACUCCAUCCUCUUUUGUACCUCGCGCCCCUUGAGACAAUUGGUCUUUUCGGCUUUGCUUGGACUUCCCUCGGUCCUCCCCACGUCCACUGGAUUGCACCUAUGAUCUUCUCUUGUCUUGUCGGCAUUGCCAACUACGCCAUCUACAUGUCUACUAUUGACUAUAUGAUCGCUGCUUACGGUCCUUAUUCUGCUUCUGCGACUGGCGGUAAUGGUAUGGCCCGUGACUUCUUGGCGGGUGUCGCAGCUUUAUAUGCCACUCCUUUCUACACCAACGUCGGCGGAAGUUCAUAUCGACUCCAUCUCGAAUGGCCUUCGACCAUUCUCGCCAUCAUUGCUCUUCUGGUGGCCAUUCCCAUUUACAUCUUCUACUAUUACGGUGCUUGGUUCCGACAACGUUCCAAGUUUGCCAUGUCGCUCGCUGGUGAACGACUUGAGAGGCGUGUGUCUAGGUUGGAGGAGAAGAAGAUGGACGCCUAAGUUCCAUAAACUAGUCUUAGACUCAAGCUAAAAAGCAUGUGCUGAAGAUUAGGGAGAAGGAUCCUUUGGGCGUUGUGGUGGUGAAUCGAUUUUGUGGCAGAGUAUAAGCAGAAGAAGAUGGGUUUUUUUUCCUAUGUUUUUAUUCAUCUGUGAUCUUGAUUCCACAUAACCCACAAGAUCUCUCCAUCUAUUUAUUUUUGCAUUCUUUCGCAUAUCUGUUGAGUUAA